AGUGUCCUGGCGUACACUGAUGGAAUUUAAUAUUGAAUAUGGUUCCUGAAUUCCUUGUAUUCCUUGUAUUCCUCUCUGCCUCUAUGUGCCAGGAACCCGGAAUACAAGAAGACAGAGUAAAGUUUGGAACAAGAUUAUCUCAAGCUAAAAGCAGGUGUAUUCACUUUGCAAACUGUCAGUUUGGAAUCAAUUCUGAUUCAGAACCCACAACUGGAAAAAGUGAACCCAUACUUACAUCAAUCUCCCCUUCCAGUAGAAAACAUAAUUCAGUUCUCAGGGUGUUUAACAACACUGGGUUAACCGUUAGGAUAAACUCAAGAAGAAAGAAAGUAAACGUUCAACAAAAAAUCAACAAACCAAAUAAAACAUCAAUAAAAAACAAAUUUGAGAGAAACAGGACUAAUAACAGAAAACAUAAUAAGAAAAGACCGCCAACAAAAUUGACAGAAGUACCAACUGUGCUAUUCAACACUAAUGAAGAUAACCUAGAUACCAAAGUGUCAAUAAAUACUCCUGAAAAGGAACUGAGCAGUAAUUCAUUAAAGGAUGGUGAAAUCAAACGAAAUCCUGUUAAAGAUGUUGAUAAAGAUAUAAAUAAAAUUAAUGUUGAAGUUCCAGUGAAAAAUCCUGCAAAUGCAAUUACCAGUGAACGCAGAAACAACAGCUCAUCAAUAUUAUCAGAAAUCAAAGAAGCUAUAAAUCUUGAGUCAUCAACAAAGCACCAAGAUAUUUUGGAUAAAACAUCAGAUUCGGAAGAUUCAGUUCAGAAAUUACCUCAAACAUCCAAUCCACAACAGCGAGGUUCAAGAAGGAGGGAAAACGGAUCCAGACGAAUUUCUGGAUUUCUGUCAAUCAGGACAAAUCCACUAGAAAAUAGUCGGACGAUGGUUCAGACAAAUGCUAAGAAGAUGCGCGAUCCUGCAACCAAAAUCCUAGAUCUAUCAACUUCGGAAGGAAAUUUAGGCGAAACAGUUACAAACUCACCAAACACUGGAUUGGAAGAAUCAAUAACAGUGAAAAUUGAUCAGCAACAGGGCAGGAAGAACGAUGAUGAGUUUUCAAGAAAAAACAAUGAAAGUAGACUUGAAGAGGAGACAAUCCAAUCCACACCGUCAGCACCAAGGGACUUAGAUUCCUCAACGUUAUCAUCUGAAAUAAGCAGGUUUUUCUCGGCCUCUGUUACGAUACGCCCAUUGCAGCGUACAACAGCAACAACAACAGCUGCAACAACGCAAACAGUAACUACAUCAACAGCUGCACCAGCACAAACAGUAACUAAAUCAACGGCAGCAACAACACAAACGUUAGAAACAACAACAGCAACAACAGCCCAAGAAGUGGAAGCUACAACAACAACUAGAAUAGUAGAUCUGGAAACAACAACACUUCUUUCAUCCUUUACUUCCACAACUUCUCAAAAUAGAUUUGUGCCUCUACCUACAAAUCGUGAAAAUAGGGUAAUGGCACCAGGAACAAUAACUGAAUCUAGUGUUCAGCAGAUUCUAGAUUCAACAGCAGUCCCUUUAAAGUUUAGAAGAAAAAUGAAGAUGAAUUUAUUACCUACAAAAUCCCAAGGGUUGACUGAUGGCGCUAAUAUAGAUGAAAAUAUAAAUAAUAUCGAUGAUAAAGCUUCAAACCCUGUUGGAACAUCAGCAUCAAACAAUGCAGAGGAAACCAUUGAAUCGCUGAAACUCAAGUGUAACCAAAAUUUAGAAUCCUGCGUCACAAGUUGCGUACCCUUGGAAGAUGUUUAUGCGUACUCAUUGUGCGUAGUGGAGUGCGCUCAAAAUUGCAGUUAAUAUUUGUUCUUAUCAGUGAUAGGCGCGUAAAAGAUACAGUGAUAACCAGACAACUGUAGAAUAGGAAGACGACAUUACAGUAUAAUGAAUUGCAUUUGAUGGUGUUCCAAAGCAAAAAGCUUUACUAGAAAGUUAUUAAAUAAUUUUCUAAGUGAAAUUGGCCUGUUUACACUGCACAUUUUCUCUACCUUAUGUUCAUUUGACUCUUUAAAGUCAAACCUUUGUCUCAAAGUCGACUUUCUAUUCCAAAGUUCUGGUUAUCACUGUAUAAAAUCUAAUUGAUUACAGAAACUGAAUUUUCGAUUCAACCUUUAAUUUUCUAAUCUCUAUAUCUUCGCAACCUUUAGUCGUAGACCUUUGAUAUUUCAAACCAGCAUCAGGUUGCGCAGAUAUAGGGUUUUAGAAAUUAUAUUUUGAGGCUGUGUUCAGUUCCAUUUAAAGAUUAUUUGUAGGUAUGCUACAUACAAGAUUUUAUAAUAUACUUAAUAAAUAAAGAUAUU